CUCACAGAGGUAGCCCCUCCGCGGGCAGCAACUCGGCCUCCGCGGUUCAUGGACCGGAACCCCGGGCCGACAAGCAGGAACCCGGGUCGCGAUCGCCGCUUCCCCGCCCCAGGCUCCUCCUCCUCGCUCCCCACCGCUUUCUGCGGAUUCCCGCAGGCGGCGUACCGGCGUCGCCGGGCUCACAGAGCCGCCCCGGGAGGCUGUGUGGUGGAUUUGCUGCUACUGCUGGACUGAGGCCUACUCCGCCGCUGCUUCUUAGUGCUAUUGUCCCUGGGCCUGGCCCUGCCCGGCUCCACUGGGGAGGGCCGAGUACGCCGGCCCCACUGAAGAUGCCGGACCAAGCCUUGCAGCAGAUGCUGGAUAGAAGUUGCUGGGUAUGUUUUGCCACUGACGAAGAUGAUAGAACAGCUGAAUGGGUGAGACCAUGCAGAUGCAGAGGAUCUACAAAAUGGGUCCACCAGGCUUGUCUACAGCGCUGGGUGGAUGAAAAACAAAGAGGAAACAGUACAGCCAGAGUGGCAUGUCCUCAGUGCAAUGCUGAAUACUUAAUAGUUUUUCCAAAGUUGGGUCCAGUUGUUUACGUCUUGGAUCUUGCAGAUAGACUGAUCUCAAAAGCCUGUCCAUUUGCUGCAGCGGGAAUAAUGGUUGGCUCUAUCUAUUGGACAGCUGUGACUUAUGGAGCUGUCACAGUGAUGCAGGUUGUAGGCCAUAAGGAAGGUUUGGAUGUUAUGGAGAGAGCUGAUCCUUUAUUCCUUUUAAUUGGACUUCCUACUAUUCCUGUCAUGCUGAUAUUGGGCAAGAUGAUUCGCUGGGAGGACUAUGUGCUUAGGCUAUGGCGCAAAUACUCUAAUAAAUUACAAAUUUUGAACAGUAUAUUUCCAGGGAUUGGUUGUCCUGUUCCUCGAAUUCCAGCUGAGGCUAAUCCUUUAGCAGAUCAUGUCUCUGCUACUCGAAUUUUGUGUGGAGCCCUUGUCUUUCCUACUAUUGCGACUAUAGUUGGUAAACUGAUGUUCAGUAGUGUUAACUCUAAUUUACAAAGGACAAUCUUGGGUGGAAUUGCUUUUGUUGCCAUAAAAGGAGCAUUUAAGGUUUACUUCAAACAGCAGCAAUAUUUACGUCAGGCACACCGCAAAAUUCUAAAUUAUCCAGAGCAAGAAGAAGCAUAAAACUAUGACUACUAGUUGUUCUACAGUCCUCUCAUCCAUAUGAGUCUGUUUUGUUGUUCUGAUUACAUCAUUUAUGCACAGUAGUGGAGACUUGUGAUAAUCUGCUGCUCCUAUAUUUUUAAGAAAUAUGAUAAAGCACUUAGGGCGGGGGAAAUCCUCUCAGUAAUCACGGAACCUAAGAAUGUGAUUUAUUUUCAUUAUUUUGUAUGUACUUCCUUUAUGGCAGUCAUCUGAACCAUUAUCUUAUCAUGGUCUACCUGGGUUUUGUUCAUAUUUUCUCCAGACAGAAAUGUAAAGAUCAAACUGUGGAAAUAUUAAAAGAUGCACAUGCUGUUUUAUUCAAAUGCCUCUUUUGUACAUGUUCAUUUUCAGUGUUUUCUUAGAAUCAGCAAUUCAUUGAAGGUACUAUGAGGAUUUUUCUCACUGGCAUAAUUUGAUUAUCUGCUAAAUAGGACCAUAUGUUACUAUGAGGGAAAUGUAAAUUAAAUUAGUUAUAAAUAAAUAACAAACCAAAAAUGUGUGUAACCACUCAAAUGAUGAUCUGAACAAAUGAAUUUGUUGUGUUUUUCUUAACUGUGGUGACCUCCAAAAUGUCUAGAGUAAAAAUUCACAGGGCUUCCAGAUCUCUUUUUCACUAUUCAAUUUUAUUUAUAUAAUGUUGACAUUUCAUAGUUGAUAAUGUAGUUUUGACUCAUGCAAUCUGAAUUACAUAUAGAAGGGGUGAAAGAGAGAGAGAGUGUGUGUGUGUGUAUGUGUUUAUAAGAGUCAUCAAGAUCGUUCCAUCACUGGAGUAAAGUUUUUAAAAUCCAUAUUUCUAGAAAUUAGAGCUGUCAGUUUAUAAUAGUUUGAGCACAGAAAGAUUUGCAAAAAAUAAAGUUAUUUUACUCUCUUC